CUUCAAGAAUAUAGUCAACUGAAAAUAUACUUUGUGUAUCAGGACGCUUUCAGCAUCUCUAAUGGCCUUCCCAGCUACCAACGCUGCGUAUGACCGGUGUCUUUUCCCAACGUCUAACGGUAACGAUUCCGCUGGCGUAUGGGGAAAGACGCCAGUCUUUGAUCAAAGAUGGUCUGCUUUGAUUGAACACAAUACAGACGAUUUCGAGCCUAGCUAUGAUCGUUUUCAGCAGGCCUGGGCAAUAUUGUUAAGGAAUUAUCUACGCGAACACAUUGUGGCAUUCGUAUGCGUUGCGAAGAAUGAGAAUAGCAAGGAUGGGGCGUCGUUUUCCGCCAACGUCGUUCGAUAUGAGUUACCUGCAACGCUUCCUCUCGAAGAAAUCAGCCCGAACAUAACUUGGCAGGUAAGCAUUGAGGCCCUUCAGGGCGUUCAAAUCAAUACUGCAAUUGACUCCCUUGGUGAUCAAGAGGAAGGCUUCAGCGUAGAAACAGCAGCGACAAACACUGAGUGGUUCACAUCAACCAAUAGUCUCCACCUUGUCCUACGUUGUGCAACAGGAAAGGAUUCAGAUCGCUGCUACCUCAAUUUCCGGCAAGACUUCAUUUCGCGCAGUUAUGCUGAAGCCAUUGUCGGCACAUUUCAGCUCGCGCUGCGUGGGUUGAAAGAUACCCAGCUGAUGGUCUAUCAGCUUGACCUUACCAGUCGGGAGGACAGGGUCAUAAUGGCUGAUUUCAAUCACGAUGAGCUGUACGAACAAAAAACCUGUAUGCAUUACCUGGUUGAAGGCACUGCGAGAGUGAUGCCUCAAGGUGAGGCGGUCUGUGCGUGGGAUGGCAACCUGACUUACGGCGAAUUGGAUUCUGUCGCAUCAGUGGUUGCAAGACGCCUUGUACGAGAAGGAUUGCGCCCUGGAAAUCUAGUCCCUUUUGCGUACGAGAAGACCCUUUGGACAGUCGUUGCAACAUUGGCAAUCCUCAAAGCUGGAGGCGCUUUCGUACCCAUUGAUGGCACGCAGCCUAAAUCGAGGCUAAGAGAGAUUCUCAAGAAUACCGGAGCAAAGCUGGUGCUCACCUCAGACAUAUUUGCCCCGGUACUUCAAGGGAUGGUUGAGAAGGUUGUUGUUAUCUCCGAAAGUACAGUUAAUCUAAAGAAAGAGGCAGCUCGCGGCCUCAGCUGGUCAGUCACAGUGAGGCCAGAAGACCCAAUCUUUGUCCUUUUUACUUCAGGGUCGACGGGGGCGCCAAAGGGAAUGAUCCUCGAACACGGAGCUAUCUGCACUCACGCAAUCACACAUGGUGCGUUAAUGAGGUACCACGGAGCUCGUGUGCUGCAAUUUGCGGCGCACACUUUCGACGUUGCCAUCAUGGAUAUCUUCACGACUCUAAUUUAUGGCGGCUGCAUUUGUAUCCCCUCGGAAGAGGAUCGACGAGCUAAUGUCCUGACAGUCAUUCAGGAGAUGAAAGUUAAUCAUGCCAUUCUAACGCCUGUUAUGGCUAACUUGAUCGAUCCAGCAGACGUUCCAACACUUGAAAUCCUUAGCGUUGGUGGAGAGAAAUUGAGAGAAGACUGUGUAAACCGAUGGGCAGAUAAAGUAUCAUUCAUACAGAUCUACGGACCAGCCGAAGUUGGGAUCUGCAUGGCCAUUCACAUGACAGCAGGAAAGACGCGACCUGAGACAGUUGGGUACCCGCUGCUUAAUUCAUCUUGCUGGCUGGUUGACCCGGAUGACCCAAACAAGCUUGUCUCGGUUGGGGCCGUUGGCGAGUUAGUUGUAGCAGGGCCCAGUCUCGCUCGUGGAUACCUAAACAACGAAGCAAAAACAGCCUCUUCCUUUUUGACAAAUCUGGCUUGGGCGAAGGGAUCCUCCCUCGAAAACGAAAGGUUUUUCAAGACCGGCGAUCUGCUGAGAUACAACACCAGUUUAUUAGAUGGUUCAUUCGACUUCAUCGGCAGAAAGGAUGCUCAGAUCAAACUAAGAGGCCAACGAAUUGAACCGGGCGAGGUUGAGCAUUAUAUUGGCCGAAUGCCAGAUGUUACUUCUUGUAUGGUGACUCGACCGGACGGAGGAGAGCUCGAGGGCCAACUAGUCGCAGUUGUUCAAUUAGGUGACCGGAAGCCGUCGAAAAUAUCGACAAAAGCAAUCACUGUUGAUAAACAGCGACAGCUUCAGCUUGAAGAACUACAACUUUACCUUUCCAAGUUCCUACCAAACUACAUGAUACCAACGGCAUGUAUCACAUUAGAGAUGAUUCCCUUGGUGCCGUCAUUGAAGAUUGAUCGUAACCAGGUGAAGAAAUGGCUGAUGGAUGCAUCACCAGCGGAUAUUGGAACAAAGAGAGAAGACUAUUAUCUCCAAUAUCCUCUGUUAGAACAGAGUGAGACAAUCGCCUUGCAAGUGAGUUGCAAGAUUGCUGAUCUGUCAGCCAAGCGAGCCGCCAAUUCGCACAUGGGCAUACGUGGUCGAGACUUCCGAAUACAAGACAUGGGAAUUGAUUCAGUAGACAUAAUGUCUUUAUCGAUAUUUAUCCAGAAAGCUUUUCUCGUCAAAGUCCCAUUAGCUCGAUUGCUAGAUCCCCAAACCACUAUUCGAGGUUUAGCCAGCACAAUCCAGGCUUUGACAGAGGUACCUGAAAACGCUGAGCUACCAGAAACCGCGGCUCCCGACUACGAUGAAGAAGCUGAAAGACUGGCAAGAUUGUUACAGGAAAAGUUAGAUAAGCAUGCACAAAAUGGGGAAAAGAUAGCUACUUCUGCUCGAAACGGUUGUCCUGUCGAAGAACCUGCGAUAGUGCCAAAUAUCCUCCUGACGGGAGCAACGGGUUAUCUCGGUAUCUCAAUUUUAAGGGAGCUUAUCACAACGUCCGAUGCCAACAUAUUUGCUUUGGUUAGAUGCAAGAGCGAGGAGCAAGGCGUGUGCAGGCUGAUCAGUGCAGCCAUCAAAUCAGGGUGGUGGCAAGACCAGUAUCAACCAAGAAUACGAGUUCUCCCCGGCGACCUGUCUCAAGAGAAUCUUGGACUGAGCAAGGAGAACUCUGAAUUGCUCUCAGGUAACAGCAAGCUUCAUAUCGACACGAUCAUCCAUAACGGAGCCGUGGUGCAUUACAGCUCAAGCUACAAAAAGCUGAAGGCGGCCAAUGUCGAUUCUACUUUUCACCUUCUUGAACUUGCUGCCGUCUCCGACGCAGUGAAGAACUUCAUUUUUGUGUCCGGUGGCCGAAAGCCCGUUGAAUCUUUCGAACCCGAUACACAGGCGACGACAACAAUCACGGCUAGCGCCACUGGAUAUGCCCAAUCCAAGUACGUGGCGGAGAGCUUGAUUCUCAAGAUCAAAGAGCACCCAUUAUUCGCCGAUAAAUCCGUCAAGGUCAUCAAACCCGGGUACAUUGUAGCUCCCAUUGACAUCGGAUGGCCCAAUGAAAGCGAUUUGAUUUGGCGCCUUAUCGCAGGCUGCAUCGAAACCGGGGCGUACAAUGCUGACGAGGCUGAUCACUGGCUGUUUAUCUCUGAUGCGAGCCAUGUUGCCCGUGCUGUCACGCAUGGCAUACAUGAGUUGAGAGGCAAAAAGCAUGCCAUCUACCCAGUCACCGACGGGCUUCGCUUUUCAGAUGUGUGGGAACUGCUGAAGAGCUCUUUUGGGUAUCGUCUCGAGCAAGCAAAUGGAGAUUCCUGGCUAGCCAAACUGAGAGAAGCAAUUGUUGAAAAGCAAGAACAUCAUUUACUGUUCCCGCUGUUGGAUGUUUUGGAAAGUGAUGGCCGAGCAAUCGGAACAUUGGGGCGGCCGUUUGGAGAUGAAAAGGAGGAGGAGGAAGUCCGUCAACGGAUCAAGGAGGUAAUGACUAAGAAUAUUCUGCAGCUUAUCAAGUCGGGAUUCCUGCCUACUGUUUAGAUACUAAUUCAAUCUCCCCACUCCAUGCAGCCUACCUGCCUCGUACUCAAUUGAUUCAAACAAGUUGAAUUGUCAUAAUGUCUCACUGGAGCGGGUAAACAGGUUGCGUGCAGGGCGUGAGGAUAUUCAGCAGCUAACUGGGAUUGGCAUCGGUUUCCCCGUGAAAACAUACAGCGCAAAUUUAGAUGAUCAAGUAGG